AUGUCUGGUGCAACGGAGGUUUCUACUUCUCUUGAUCGUCCGUUGAGGGAUGUCGAUUGGUACCGCCAGCUUUGGUGGAACACCGGUAACUUUCACCCCAAAGCUAAGUGGAAUGAGGCGACAUUACCAUACGCGCUCAAGACUCAUGUGACGUUAGAUGAGUAUAUUUUUCAAACCGAUAAACAUAAUGUGAAGGGUCUUUGGGAAUGGGAAAACGAAACCGUUCGUGUUAUUAAACUUCCUUCAGACUUUCAUGGGAAGAGUGUCGGUACAAUUGUAGGGGAAUUGGCUAUUGCAUUUCAAGCCGUGAGAUAUACUCUUUCCGGUGUUACUUUUUCUGAAGCGACGACAUCAAAAACACACGGAGGCGGAAAAGAGCCGGAUGCCUCUCUCACACCUUCAGGAAAACCUCCAGUUACUUCUGGUGGAUAUGAUGGAAAGAACAAACCAUGGCCUAAUGUUGUAAUAGAAGUAGCUUAUUCCCAAACCGAGCUUGAGCUUAAGAAGAAGGUAGAGACUUACUGGCUCAGUAAUAAUAGAGUCCACGACGUAAUUGCCAUUAAGCUAAACUACACACCAGAUGAUACGGUUCCAACAGAGAUGACGGCUUGGCAUUAUUGCGUAAACAAUCGAACAGCAGUUGGUGCAUUCACCCCUAUAAUGUAUGAAUUUGGGACCAUUAAUCGUCAAGGCGAUCCAAUCAACAUUGUCCCAGGGCAAUGCGUUAUCAACAUUCCACUGGGAUGCAUUUAUCACGGAAUGCCAAAAGACUUUCUUGAGAUCGAAAAUGCGAAGCUUAGGCAGACCAUGAAAGAAAAAUCUGACCUUGAGGCUGAGAAUUCCAAGCGUAAAGCUGAGAAUGUUAAACUUAAAGCCGAAGAGCGAAAUUAA